AUGGGUCUGUCGGUGAAUAGCGGCGGCGACUCGGCCCCACAAACCACCCACAAGGUUUUCCUCCUAACCAACUACGCCCUCAUCGGCGCCGCCUCAAGCUGCGCCUUCCUCACCCUCUCCCUCCGCCUCAUCCCCUCCCUCUCCGGCGCCCUCCUCGUCCUUCUCCACGCCAUCACCAUCGCCGGAGCCGUGUUCGGCUGCGCCGCCGCCUCCCGCGGCGGUGGAUCCAGGCUGUACGGUGCCCACAUGGUGGCCACCGUCCUCACGGCCAUCUUCCAGGGAUCCGUCUCCGUCCUCAUCUUCACCGGGCCCUCGGACUUCCUGGGCCACCUCAAGUCGUACGUCCGGGAAGAUGACGCCGUCGUCAUACUGAAGCUCGCCGGCGGGCUGUGCGCGGCGAUCUUCUGCCUGGAGUGGGCAGUUCUGACGCUGGCCUUCUUUUUGAAUUACUAUGCCUACGUGGAGAGGAGGGGCGAUUGUGGGAAUACCAACAGUUAUGGGGAUGUGGAUUUGAAGACUUUGCCCUGGCAAUUUCGAGUUUAA